AAAUUCAAUAGUUACUCACAAAGCCCAGCACUCAUAUAUUAUACGCGCGUUUUCACCUUCAAAUUAGGGUUUUGCAGCGAGCACACAGGGCAACAAUGGCGCCGAGAAAAACCCCAAGGGUGACAAGGAACCCUGAUUUGAUCAGGGGAAUCGGCAAGUACUCAAGGUCCCAGAUGUACCACAAGAAAGGCAUCUGGGCCAUCAAGGCCAAAAACGGCGGCGUUUUCCCCCAUCACGAUGCUACCCCCAAGCCCCAAACCCUAGCUUCGAAGCCCCCCAAGUUCUACCCCGCUGAUGAUGUCAAGAAGCCUCUCCUCAACAAGCAUAAGCCCAAACCCACAAAACUCAGGGCUAGCAUUUUGCCGGGGACGGUGCUGAUUCUGCUUGCUGGGAGAUUUAAGGGGAAAAGGGUUGUUUUCCUGAAGCAGCUUCCAUCUGGGUUGCUUCUUGUCACAGGUCCAUUUAAGAUCAAUGGAGUUCCUUUGAGAAGGGUGAAUCAAUCUUAUGUCAUUGGUACGUCCACCAAAGUGGAUAUUUCCGGUGUUAAUGUUGAUAAAUUCAAUGACGAGUACUUUGUUAAGGAAGCCCAGAAAAAGAAACAGAAGGGAGAAGGCGAGUUCUUCGAGGCAGAGAAGGAGGAGAAAAAUGAGCUUCCACAAGAAAAGAGAGAUGCCCAAAGUACAGUGGACUCUGCAAUAUUGAAAGCCAUUGAGAGUGUUCCGGACCUGAAGUCUUACCUGGGUGCUAGGUUUUCUUUAAAGUCAGGAAUGAAGCCACAUGAGCUAGUCUUCUAGAGUGCUGAAUUUAUUUUUGCUUAUUUAGUUUUUGUUCAGGUUGUUUCUAAUAGUUGUAUUGUUCUGCCUUUCUUGGUAAUUAAGUCUUAGCAACGUUUUCAUCUUCCAAUUUUGAUCUUAACAGUUAUAUUCCUUUACCUUAAUUUUGCUCCCUCCAAACAAAAAGAAAAGAUGCCAUUUGUAUUUUGUUGGGAUACUAAUAUGGUGAUAUAUUAUCCGAUUAUUGAUUGUUA